UUCUUUUUUCUUAUUCUCAUUGUCCGAAUCCACACGAACCUCUAAACCGAAGAAAAACCGUCAUAGAGUUCACACUAAAAAAACUCUGCUCUGCUGCAUUGCAACAGAUUUUUGCUUCUCUCUCUUGAAAUUUCAUAUUUCUAUCUUUAAAAUUUAAUUUGGAAUGAGCUACCGGUCAUCGACGGCUCUGAUUGAGUGAUCUUAUUCUCCCUGAUAAUCUGCCUACAUGUGUGACCAGCGGGAACGGCGCCGGCUGAGACGAAAUCGAAGAAUCUAUGGUGUUUGGCGGGAUUAGGAUCAUAGCUUUUGUUUCUUUAUCUGGAUGUGUAUUGUUGGGUGCUGGCUAAAUGCUUGUUGUCGUGGGUCUAGGGUUUCAAAGCUUGGUUCUCCUGGUUUGCUUUGUCGUUCCGGUGAUCGGCUUUUUCCUCCGGAGAAAAUGGAAGCUCUCUGUAUCCAGGGCGGAAGAGAUCAGGAGGCUGGUCCUUUUGGCCUCCGAAGAGGCCGCUAGGGCUGAGUUCGAGGCGAAUGCAGAAUACGGUUACAGCGUCGUUUCCACGGUUUCUCUGAAUCAGUGUGCCGUUUGCUAUUUCCCUACCACUACACGCUGUGCUCAAUGCAAAGCGGUUCGUUACUGUUCUGGGAAGUGUCAAAUUAUUCACUGGAGGCAAGGUCACAAAGAGGAAUGUCACCCUCCAUGCCCAACUCAGACUAAUUCUGAUGUAGGAAGUGAUUCUGACCAGAAGCUGAGCAAAGAAGAGUACGCAGAAGUUUAUGGUGACAAUUCAGAAGGCACAGAACAAGAUAAACCAAUCAAAACAUUUUCUUCAGAACCUUCACACCCUAGUCAUGCUUUUUCCCCUGAAGUGCCACAUGAGAAGGAUGAUGGUAGUGAAUCCGAGUCUCUUGACAGUGAGAAAGGGACAAAUUCUAUCUCUGAAUCAUGCUCAACAUCUUUUUCUGGAUUUUCUACUUCAACCACAGGUAGUGAAAUGGCUGAUGAUGUUUCUGUCAGUGAGAGCAUUAGUUCAACCGAGUCUGACAAAUCAGAUGGACACUUAUCUGUUAAUGGCGAUACACUUCAUACUGCUUUUAGUGUGAAGGAUGCAAAUCCCUCUGAGCCAUUAUCUCCAAAAUUUGCUAGGUUGGCUAACUCUAUUAAUGGUUUUACUGCUAGUGAAAUUAUGAGUGAAACAAAAUCUAGAUGCAGUGAUGGAGAGCAGGGGCAGCCUACUUGUCCUCCACUUUUGAGAAAUACUGGUUGUCAUGAUGGUCCCACUGUUGAGUCUUGUGAAUCAUCUUCUGGUUUUUGGGAGAGAGCUCUUGAUUCUGUUAGCUCCUCAGAUAAUGUUCAUGAUGAGAUUGAUGAUACAUCUGAUUCCACUGGACAUGGUGGUAGUAGGGUAUCUACUGGAUCUUCCAUCCAGUUCUCAUUAAACACGUCUAGAAAUACAUCUCCCUUGUGUAUGGAAGGCUCUGUAAAAAGAUUUACCACAUUUGAGGAUCCUUUAUCAGAUACGUUGCUUAUUAAGAAGGCUCUUAAUCGAUCAGAUUUAUCAGAAAAUACUGAUUCUCAUGUCUCUAAGGUUAAGGACUGUGGCUCAUCUAAGAAUAGGGAUGAUGAAAGUAGAUAUAUAUCAUCUGACUUUAAGUUGGGGGAAGUUAAAUCAGUGUCUCACAGUAAUGAAAGAGCUUCCAGAUGUACCAAUUCAUCAAAUGUUAUUUUUACGUCCACAAAAACUCAGAAGUUAGAUCAUGUUGUCAAUGACAACAAAAACACUUUGAAUCUGUUGAAGUCAAGAGAUCGUGAUUCAUUAUCUAGUUUUUGUUUGUUAUCUAGCAACCAAGAUUCUACAAUUUCAAGGUCAAAAGCUGAAGUUGAUUUUGUCCAAGAUGAUGCUACUGUUUCAUAUCAGAUUUCAAGCCCUCCAAAUGUCAGGAAUGGUUUGAAAACCUCUGUACAGAAAGUUGUUGAGCAGUUCAAAGGAUCCAAACUAUCAAAGCAGAAUCCAUUAGGGUUUGGGGGAGAGAUAGCUGGAAGAUACAGUGUUAGUGACAAGGGGAUUUUCCCUUAUGAGUCAUUUGUCAAGUUAUACAAUUGGAACAAGAUGGAGCUGCGCCCGUGUGGCCUUAAAAAUUGUGGGAAUAGCUGUUAUGUGAAUGCUGUGCUUCAGUGCUUGGCGUUUACUCCUCCAUUGACUGCGUAUUUUCUUCAAGGACUCCAUUCUAAAGCUUGUAUAAAGAAGGAAUGGUGUUUCACAUGUGAGUUUGAAAGUUUAAUUUUGAAGGCAAAGGAGGGAAAGUCUCCAUUAUCACCCAUUGGAAUACUAUCCAAGAUCCAAAAUAUUGGAAGUCAACUCGGUAGUGGGAGGGAAGAGGAUGCACACGAGUUUCUAAGGUAUGUGAUUGACACUAUGCAAUCUGUUUGCCUAGCAGAACCUGAGAUAAGUGCAUCAGGCCCUUUGGAAGAAAAAACUACUCUAGUAGGUCUUACAUUUGGAGGGUAUCUUCGUUCAAAGAUAAAAUGCAUGAAGUGCCAAGGCAAGUCUGAGAGGCAGGAAGGUAUGAUGGACCUUACAGUUGAGAUUGAAGGGGAUAUAGGAACCCUAGAAGAGGCUCUUAGAAAAUUCACAAGUACCGAGACUUUAGAUGGCGAAAACAAGUACCAAUGUAGCAGAUGCAAAUCUUAUGAGAAGGCCAAAAAGAAAUUGACAAUAUUGGAGGCUCCCAAUGUCCUCACUAUUGCUUUAAAGCGAUUCCAGUCCGGAAAAUUUGGGAAGCUUAAUAAGCCAAUUCGGUUUCAAGAGAUCCUGAAUUUGGCCCCAUUUAUGAGUGGCACAAGUGAUAAAUUGGCUAUUUACAGGUUAUAUGGGGUGGUUGUUCAUUUGGAUGUUAUGAAUGCUUCAUUUGCCGGUCACUAUGUGUGCUACGUUAAAAAUGCUCAGAAUAAGUGGUUCAAGGUUGAUGAUAGCCUGGUAACAGCAGUGGAACUUGAAAAGGUCCUAAGCAAAGGAGCGUACAUGCUUUUUUAUGCAAGGUGCUCACCAAGGGCCCCAAGAUCGAUAAGGAACAAGAUAGUGUCUCCUGAUCUCAAAGCUAGAGCUAUGCCUUCUUGGAUUGGUGGGAGGACUACCACGUUUAAAUCAAAAUCCACCACAAUUUCUAGUAUAGCCCAAGUAUUACCCAAUUCAAGUGCUCCCGAUGGCUCUGCCAAUUAUGACUCAUUUUAUUCAAAGUUCCAUCGGUUGCAGAGGAUUUUAGAAGAGGAUUCAUCAAGUGACAACUCUUCCCUCAUCAGUAAUAAUUCUGAUGAAGGUUCCUGCAGUACGGAUAGUACCCGUGACUCUACUAGCACAGAUGAGUUCUCUGAUUACAUAUUUGGUGAGUCAGGACGAGGCUCGAACAGCCCAUGGAGGAACUCUCCCGAUUCGGACACUUCUUCGUCGUCCUCAUCCUCUCCUUUGUACUCGAAGCAUUCUCGCCUUUCUGAUUUGGACCGGUAUGAUUCAGUUGUCCCUGAAACACGAGGACAUCAAUCUGGUUGUGCUGAUGAUGGUGUUUGGAAUGAGAAAAGUAAUGGGAGUGGCAGGGGGGUGGGUUUGGAACGAGAAGGAACGGUUCCCUUUUUGCGUUCUGACACUAAUAGUCAAUGUAGAAAGUUAGAGAGUAGUAGUAGCGGUAGUAGUAGUAGGCCUAAAACUGACAUCGAGAAAGUAGAAUCUGAGUCUUCAAACGGUGUAAAAUAUGAUGUAUCGUUUAGGAGAUCAACUGGGGAAAGAACAACAAACAUUUGAUUACAUAUAAUAUUUAGGUACAGAGCCGGAAAUAAUUAAUUUUGAGGAAAUGUAUGUAAUGUACCUAUUUGCUGGUUUUAUUUAUAUAAAUCAGCCAUCAUCAUUUUCAUUGUUA